GUUCAACAUUGUGUUUAGAGGGUCCCUCUCUGCGGUGGUAGCAAGGUUCAUCACAGGAACGAACUAGGGGACGUAACCGCUGUUGGAGAAAAUAAAAUAUUUUUAAAAAGCCUUACUUUUGUCGAUUUACCGCUGGAUACCUAACUCGCUCUGGGGUUGGAUUAAUCUAAGACACACUUUUUUUAGUUUUUAUUUUUCAUUUGCUUUAGAAGCCACCGCCACUCGAAGACAAUGGGAUCCCAGUCAUCCAAGGGAGAGGUGGCCGCGGAGGCGAACGCUGCCUCCGCCGACGCUGCGGCUGUCAAAACCAACGGACAGGAGAAUGGACAUGUAAAAACCAACGGUGAUGUCGCCACAAAGCCUGACGGAGAUGCCGCCGCGACCAACGGCUCAGCCGAGGCAGCCAAGGAGCCCGAGGCCGGGGCGGGAGGCGACGCCAUCGAACCGGCGCCUGCCGCCGACGGGGAGGCUGCCAAGCCUCAAGGUGAGGCAGCGGCGAAGGAGACCCCCAAGAAGAAGAAGAAGAAGUUCUCCCUGAAGAAGACCUUCAACUUCAAGCUCAACCUGAAGAAGAGCAAGAAGAGCGAGGCCGUAAAGGAGGAGGAGGUCGCUGCCCCCUCUGAGGAGAAGCCGGCCGAGAACGGUGCCGCCACUCCCGCGGAGGAGAAGAAGGAGGAGGUGAAGGAGGAGGCUGCCGCUGUGGCUGCAGCCGAGGCUCCCAAGGCGGAGGAGGGGGCCGCUAAGGAGGAGGCACCCAAGGAGGAGGCCAAGGAGGCAGCUGCUCCAGCCCCUGAGGCCACCAAACCGACAGAGGAGAGCAAUGCAACCUCCGCUCCCUCUGAAAAGAAAGAGUGAUUGUACGGUCAGCUCACAAGGAACUGUGGUGAACUGUUUUUUCAAGAGAGAAAGAGAAAAUUAAAGAGUAUAUAUAUAUAUUUAUAUAUAUGUGUAUAUGUAUACAUAUGUAUAUGGAUAUAUGUAUAUGUAAAUAUAUACACAUGUAUGUGAAAGACUCCUUUGACGUGCCACUUUUCGUCAUGAUAACAAGACGACAGACUAGAUUCACUAGAUCACUUCCCUGGUUACUGCUCAACAUCUGGACUGAGGUUUAAGGCAGCGGGUUGGUCGCUGAGUGGAAAUUGGAUUUGACCAGCUAGAUCGCCAACGACUGACACCAUGAAGUGGAGCGGAGUGAAGGACGUGAAGAGGGGGAGGGAGGACGGAGCUAAAGGCAUCUUUUCCCAAACAAUUCUGCAGCAGAAGAUGCCUCCUUGCUGAAGGACUGAUGCUAGAUGAGAUACUGGGACACCACCACCACUUGAAAUGACUGUUAAUAGAAAACAAAAAACAAACAAACAAAAAACAACAAACAUAAAAUCAAAAUUAAGAGACUUGUCAACUUUUUACAUUCCUAUAUUUUAACCCAAAUUUGAAGUAUUUUGUGGUGUAUUAUAGAGAACCAUCUUAAAGAUUCAGAGAAGCUAUGUCUCGUUUGUUAAAAGAAAAGAAAAAAAUAGACAAUUUUGAUUUUUACCUUACUAUGAAAAGAAUAAAAAGAACACUUAAGCUUGCUAUGUUCACUGUCGCGGUUUGAUAUGAAGCAGAGUUGUUUAUCUGUCGUGUGUGAGCCUGAAUCUGCUUUGUCUCUGUAAAUACACUGAAUUGAUUUCUGUUCAUUAUUUUGCUAAUGUUGACAGAUGUUACUGGUUUUAUUGUAAAGUUGAUAAUAGUAAAUAAAUGUUGGUUACCUGCCUGUU